CACACCGCAGUACUUACCGUAGCGGAUCCCAACGGCUGCAGCAAAGAAGCGUUAAACCGGGUCAGAUCGCCGUCCCGACGGAAUCGAUGAGGAUGGCUGAAGGGGGUCGCAAUUGAGGGCCGCGCAAGAGCGGCUGCGGCGGGGGCUGGGGCGCCGAGGACGGCGGCGGCGAGGAGCGUCCGCCGCGGCGACAACGCUUCGUAUUCCGCAUCGCAGUUUGUUGACCGGAUUGGCUGGAUGGGCCGAACCAGGUCAAGUGGAGAUGGAGAGAGUCCUGGUGUGGUGCGGGCCGCAAGUGUGAGUGAGACGUCACCAUCGAAUCCCACCACAAAAGCUCCUUUCGUCACACCGGCCAGCACCCAGCUUCUCCUCUCCUCACCCCCACGCCCCACCCCACCAAACAAUGGCGCCGGCGGCGACUUCCACAGCCUCUGCGCCCUCCUCCUUCCACUCCACCGGUAGGCAUAGGGCCAGGGUCGGGGCCCGGCCAUCGCUCGUCUCUCUCCGCGUCAGAGCAGCCAAUCCCAACGUUACCGCCGAUCCCGCACCGGCCUUCCAGUCCGUCACGACCUUCGCGCCAGCCACCGUCGCCAACCUCGGCCCGGGCUUCGACUUCCUCGGAUGCGCCGUCGCCGACGCCUCCCUCUCCCUGGGUGACACCGUCACCGCAACCCUGGACCCGUCACUCCCGCCCGCCACCGUCUCCAUCGCCUCCGUCACAUCCCCGUCCCGCCCCAACCUCGCCGAGCGCCUCUCUAGGGACCCGCUCCGCAACUGCGCGGGCGUCGCCGCCAUCGCCGCGCUCCGCGCCCUCGGCGUCCGCUCCCACGCCGUGUCCAUCCACCUCACCAAGGGCCUGCCGCUCGGCUCGGGGCUCGGCUCCUCCGCGGCCUCCGCCGCCGCCGCCGCCAAGGCCGUCGACGCCCUCUUCGGCUCGCGCCUCGGCCGCGACGACCUCGUCCUCGCGGGACUCGAGUCGGAGAAGGCCGUCAGCGGCUUCCACGCCGACAACAUCGCCCCCGCCAUCCUCGGCGGCUUCGUCCUCGUCCGCAGCUACGACCCCUUUCACCUCGUCCCGCUUUCCUUCCCGCCAGCGCUCCGCCUCCACUUCGUCCUGGUCACCCCCGACUUCGAGGCGCCCACGAGCAAGAUGCGCGCCGCGCUGCCCAGGCAGGUCGACGUCCAGCAGCACGUGCGCAACUCCAGCCAGGCAGCGGCGCUCGUGGCGGCGGUGCUGCAGGGGGACGCGGGCCUCAUCGGCUCCGCGAUGUCGUCCGACGGCAUCGUGGAGCCCACCAGGGCACCCCUCAUACCUGGCAUGGCGGCCGUAAAGGCGGCGGCCCUGCAAGCUGGAGCGCUGGGCUGCACAAUUAGCGGCGCGGGCCCCACAGUGGUGGCCGUCAUCCAAGGGGAGGAAAGGGGGGAGGAGGUUGCCCGCAAGAUGGUGGACGCGUUCUGGAGCGCAGGCAAGCUCAAGGCGACAGCAACCGUCGCGCAGCUCGAUACCCUUGGUGCCAGGGUCAUCGCCACGUCAUCCUUGAACUAGCAAAAGAUUCGGAAAGUGGUACUGCAAUUGUAUCACCAAACAAGGAAGAAUGAAGGGGAACCCCAUGGAUUUGUAUGUUUUCUCUUCUUUCUUGCAUCUUUAGGUGGUUAAUUGGCUUUGGAAUAAAUGAGAUGGAGGACAUCGCUAGAACAAUUCUGUUCCGUGGGCUGUAAUUUCAAUUUGGGCUGGUUUCUUUAUCAUGCCAUGGAUAAUUAUGAAUAAAUUUGAGGUAGUUUGUUACC